UGACUGGAGGAGGUGGAGUCUGUCCCAGCCUGCAUCUGGCCCGCUCCCCUCUCUGUCACCCCGGGCCAAACCCGCCCAGCUCCUCUCACUCACUCUCCGCCUGUUUUCCCGCACGGCUCGGCCCGGACACACACACACGGCACUCACUCACGCACCCAGCGAGGACAAGGAAUGGAGACGGAAGGGAGCCAGAGCAGCCUGUCCACCACGGACUCCCCUCACGACCCCUGCAAAAUGUUCAUAGGUGGACUCAGCUGGCAAACAACACAAGAGGGUCUGAAGGAGUACUUCUGCAAGUACGGCGAGGUGAAGGAGUGUAUGGUGAUGCGAGAUCCGGUUACUAAGCGCUCGAGAGGGUUCGGAUUCGUCACCUUUGUUGAUCAGGCCGGCGUGGAUAAAGUUUUGGCCCAAACCAGGCACGAGCUGGACUCCAAAACAAUUGAUCCAAAGGUUGCAUUCCCUCGCAGAGCUCAGCCCAAGUUGGUGACUCGAACCAAGAAGAUCUUUGUGGGAGGCCUGUCAGUGAACACAACUAUCGAGGAUGUCAAGCAGUACUUUGACCAGUUUGGGAAGGUCGACGAUGCCAUGCUCAUGUUUGACAAGACCACCAACAGACACAGAGGGUUUGGCUUUGUGACAUUUGAGAACGAGGAUGUGGUGGAGAAAGUCUGCGAGAUCCACUUCCACGAGAUCAACAACAAAAUGGUGGAGUGUAAGAAAGCUCAGCCCAAGGAGGUGAUGUCCCCCACGGGCUCAGCCAGGGGGCGCUCUCGGGUGAUGCCCUAUGGGAUGGACGCCUUCAUGCUGGGCAUUGGUAUGCUGGGUUACCCAGGCUUCCAGACGGCCACCUACACCAGCCGGAGCUACGCUGGCAUCACUCCUGGAUACACCUACCAGUUUCCUGAGUUCCACUUAGAGAGGACUCCCCUUCUGACUUCACCCCACCCCCCUGAGCUCACAGCCAUUCCUCUCACAGCAUAUGGACCAAUGGCAGCAGCAGCGGCAGCAGCAGCAGUAGUCAGAGGUUCCACCCCGUCUCGCUCAGCUGGAUUUUUAGGUACGAGCAGCCCGGGGCCGAUGGCAGACCUGUAUGGAACAGCCAGUCAGGAGUCGGCUGUCAGCAGUUACCUCAGUGCUGCGAGCCCCGCCCCGAGCACUGGAUUCAGCCAUAGUUUGGGGGGCCCUUUGAUCGCCACGGCAUUCACUAACGGAUAUCACUGAGAGUUGCAGAGCUGUAGACUGAGAGCUGGAAGGAGUUGAAGCUGCUUUGGAGCUGAUCUGGCCUGUCUCUGUCCAGUCCACCUCUCCGGCUGGGGCGGCUGGACCUUCAAACUCCCCCCCACCCCCCCCUUCCCCCAAAACCUGGUGUCCCCAGCCGACCCUACUGACGCCUCACUAAACUCCACCAGAAAAAGUUCAUAAAAGGAGCGGAAAUGUUUAUCACUACAUGUAAUAGCAACACAUGCAGAUGCUGAAAUUUUAGUGUGUUUUUUUUUCUGUUGUUAUGUUUCACCUUGCUAUUUUUUGUGAUGGCUGCAUUGUUUCUUUAUCUGUUUUGGCUGUGUUUUAUUGGUUUAUUUGAAUCUCUCUGAGAUAAGAGGAGUUAAAUCUCCAGGUGAAGCCUGUUUGAAGGUCAAGAGCUGUAAUUUGUACUGGAAAACUGUAUAUUUGUCUAGUUGUCUAUACUAGUUCAUACUGAAUUUAACAAAACAUUUGUGAUUAAUACUAUUUCUUGAGAAUGUGUCACAGAGUGUAUAUCUUGGUAGGUUUUUAACGAAGACUUGUUCUACUAAUAAUGGUCAGACGACAAAGGUCAUUAGUCACAGUUACAUAAUAUGCCUACAUGAGCUGUACAAUUUUGUAAAAUAUUGUAAAUAUGACUCUGGACUCUGGAGGGCUUAGAGGGGGGGUCAGCUAAUUUUGUGUCUGGGAGGUGGGAGGCUUUGGAGAAAUGUGUUGGAAAGCUUGACUGUUACGUAUCAUAGCUUCACAUGGAGGUCAAGAACAUUUCAGUUUGUCAGUCAAAAUAAGACCAGCCACAUGCUGUAUUUCUCUCCAGGCAUUUAUGAAUGAUUUGAGUCUGUUAUUGAAUUCAGGAGCUGCCCCAGAGCUGACACACCUUCAGCUUUGAGUCCAGCAGGAGAGUCUGGCUGAGUCUUUGAACAACACUUUACUGUUGGGGAAGUAUGGGUGUGAAAACGCUCCUCUAUCAGGAGAGGAAAAAAAAACAUGCUGUUUUCUUACUUUGUCAUAUUGUUGUUUUAACUGUGAUUUUCAAUAUGUGAUGAUUGUCUGUGAAGGAAAAUGAAGGACUAGUGUGCAGGAGCAGUCAUACACAGUUAACAUGUUUAUGACUGGUUCACUCUGCAGGUUGUUGAUGUUUGCGUGAGCAUGUCAUAUGGUUUUAUACACAUUGGUUUUCCCAAUGUGUUAUGUGCUGGGUGGUUUUUUUUGGUGGGGGG